GUGUUUGAUGCCCUUCAGAGGCACCAGAAGGGACACAAUGACAGUAUCCGCUACUCACCUUUACACCUCGGUGACCUCUGCACUCGUCCUGGCCUUCUAGACUUGACCCACCGGUUAUGGAAAAACGUUUGUGGGCUAAAGUGUACGCAAACAAACUCUUUAGACGGUGUGGGAAAUGUUCUCACAGUCACGUGCUGCACGGGAUCAGAAAGCUUUUGGAAAUGUUCCUUUUUUUGUGUGUACUCUCUUUGAAAUGUUUGUGUCAAAAUGUGAUUUUUAAUUUCUCCUUCGUCAUCAUAUUUGCAGUUGUUGGUACGUCCGUAUUUUGAAAAGGACGCCACAAGCAUGCCACUGUCAAAUCCGAUUGGCCGCAGUGCCGCCUGGCCGGGAUUCAGCGUGAAGAAGUUCAACUUUCAGCGGCGUUCAGUGAACGCCUGAAUCGGACGUAGAACCCGCGACCGCACUGAAAAACGUACUCAGUGACUGAAAAACAUACUCAGUGAUGUGCGAUCGCAGAAGCCUGCGCCCGUUCGCAUAGACCUUUCAUUGAACGAGGCCGCUUGAACGUGAUUCGACGCCGCUUGUAAGAGGUUAACGUUGCUUUCGUUGGCUGCAGAGGUCGCCUGACGGUUGCUCUGACCCUCUCUGGGCCACAGCUGAACCGGAGUAACAGUGCAUGUAUCUCUGGAAGCUGGUGUGCGUGUUUACAUUCGCAGAUGUGUUUGUUCAGGGUUGAACUUUGACCUCUGCCGUUAACCAAACGGAGCUCUUUCAGUGUCACAUCAGUGGCGGCUGUCACGACCUUCUUUCUGAACACGUUCUUCCAUCAUUUCUCUUUCCUGUCUUGGUUCCGCAGCUGAUGUUAUGAAAUCAUGGAAUCAUGUUUCAGCUCGCUUGUCAGGUUUUAGGAAAUGAGCCGAUAGAAAUCUCAAACCAGGCUGUAAGCGGCAAAGGCGGACCGUUGCAGCAGCCAAUCAGAGGUCCUGGGAUGUAUAUUUCCAGAACGCUACCGCUGGAUCUUCAAUGGGUGUGACCUACCAGAGCCCCCCAUCCAUGAGUGGGUCCUCUGAGGGGCAGUUCGCUGUGCAGCCGCUGGUGGGGGCUCAGCCCAGUGUGGAGAAGCUGGUGGAGGAUCAUCUGGCAGUGCAGUCCCUGAUCCGAGCCUACCAGGUACGAGGGCACCACAUGGCCCAGCUGGACCCUCUGGGCAUCAGCUGUGUGGAUUUUGACGACACGCCGUGUCCCAUUGGCCUCCAGAACGUCGGACUGGAUUCCAGCAGCAUGGACCGAAUGUUCCGGAUUCCCAAAACCACUUUCAUUGGUGGGAAGGAGAGCGUUUUGACUCUCAGAGAGAUCAUCCGCCGUCUCGAGAUGGCGUACUGCCAGCACAUCGGAGUGGAGUUCAUGUUCAUCAAUGACGUGGAGCAGUGCCAGUGGAUCAGGCAGAGGUUUGAGACCCCGGGAAUCAUGCAGUUCACGGUGGAGGAGAAGAGGACUCUGCUGGCCAGAAUGAUCCGAUCCACCAGGUUUGAGGAGUUUCUCCAGAGGAAGUGGUCUUCAGAGAAACGCUUCGGCCUGGAGGGCUGUGAGUCCCUCAUCCCGGCUCUGAAGACCAUCAUCGACAGGUCCAGUCAGAACGGGGUGGAGAGCGUGAUCAUGGGGAUGCCCCACAGAGGUCGACUGAAUGUCUUGGCUAAUGUGGUCCGGAAGGAUCUGGACCAAAUCUUCUGCCAGUUUGACUCAAAGUUGGAGGCUGCAGACGAGGGUUCUGGCGAUGUGAAAUAUCACCUGGGGAUGUAUCACAAGCGGAUGAACCGGGUCAGCGACAAGCAGAUCACAAUCUCUCUCAUGGCAAACCCGUCCCACCUGGAGGCCGUGGACCCCGUGGUUCAGGGGAAGACCAAGGCCGAACAGUUCUACUCUGGAGACUCCGAGGGCAAAAAGGUGAUGCCGAUUCUUCUUCACGGUGACGCUGCAUUUGCAGGUCAGGGGGUCGUGUAUGAGACCUUUCACCUGUCGGAUCUACCAUCGUACACCACCCAUGGGACCGUCCAUGUGGUGGUCAACAACCAGAUCGGUUUUACCACAGACCCCAGGAUGGCUCGUUCGUCUCCGUACCCCACAGAUAUCGCUCGGGUGGUCAACGCCCCCAUCUUUCACGUCAACGGGGACGACCCAGAAGCUGUGAUGUAUGUGUGCGGCGUGGCGGCCGACUGGAGGAACACCUUCCACAAAGAUGUGGUGGUAGAUCUGGUGUGUUACAGACGGAACGGACAUAACGAGAUGGACGAGCCCAUGUUCACCCAGCCGCUCAUGUACAAGCAGAUCAAGAAGCAGAAAGGAGUCCUGCAGAAGUUUGCUGAGAAACUCAUUACUGAAGGUGUCGUGACGACACAAGAGUAUGAGGAACAAAUUGCAGCGUACGACAAAAUCUGUGAGGACGCCUACGCUCACUCCAAAGAUGAGAAGAUUCUGCACAUCAAGCACUGGCUUGACUCUCCAUGGCCAGAUUUUUUCACACUGGAUGGUCAGCCCAAAACUAUGAGCUGCCCUUCGACUGGUAUUAGCGAAGACGAGCUUAACCACAUCGGAAGCAUCGCCGCCUCCGUCCCUAUGGAAGAUUUCACCAUACAUGGAGGCCUGAGCCGAAUUCUGAAGGGGCGUUCCAUCAUGGUGGCCCAGCGGGUGUGCGACUGGGCUCUGGCUGAGUACAUGGCAUUCGGCUCUUUGCUCAAACAGGGGGUCCAUGUGCGCCUCAGUGGGCAGGAUGUGGAGAGAGGCACAUUCAGCCACCGGCACCACGUCCUUCACGACCAGAACGUGGACAAGAGGAUCUGCAUCCCGAUGAACUUUAUCAGCCCCGACCAGGCUUCUUACACUGUCUGCAACAGCCCCCUGUCCGAGUACAGCGUGCUAGGUUUUGAACUCGGCUUUGCCAUGGCCAGCCCCAACGCGCUGGUUCUGUGGGAGGCCCAGUUUGGAGACUUUAACAACACAGCCCAGUGCAUCAUCGACCAGUUCAUCAGCUCGGGUCAGGCCAAGUGGGUCAGGCAGAACGGGAUCGUUCUUCUGCUUCCACAUGGUUUGGAGGGGAUGGGUCCAGAACACUCGUCUGGCCGGCCUGAGAGGUUUCUGCAGAUGUGCAAUGAUGACCCAGAUGUUUUCCCUAAACCUUCGGAAGACUUUGCGGAGCAUCAGCUGUACGACUGUAACUGGAUCGUGGUGAACUGCUCGACUCCUGCGAACUACUUCCAUGUUCUGCGCAGGCAGAUGCUGCUGUCCUUCAGGAAGCCGUUGGUGAUUUUUACGCCAAAGUCGCUGCUGCGCCACCCUGAGGCCAAGUCCAGCUUUGACGACAUGCUGCCGGGGACGCACUUCCAGCGCAUCAUCGUGGACAACGGGCCUGCAGGCGCCAGGCCGGAGAGCGUGAAGAGAGUGGUGCUCUGCACUGGAAAGGUUUACUACGAACUGACUCGGGAACGCAGGAACAGAGGCUUGGACGGCGACAUAGCCGUCAUACGAAUCGAGCAGCUUUCCCCGUUCCCCUUCGAUCUGGUGAAAUCAGAGACGGAUCGUUUCCCGAAUGCUGAGCUGGUCUGGUGUCAGGAAGAACACAAGAACCAGGGUUACUAUGACUACGUCAAGCCCCGCCUCCAGACCACCGUCGGCUACAGUCGUCCCAUCUGGUAUGCGGGUCGUGAACCCGCAGCUGCUCCGGCCACCGGAAACAAGCAGGCUCACGUCUGCGAGCUGCAGCGCCUGCUGGACACCGCGCUCGACCUCCACGUCUUUUCUGGGAGAGUAUGACCUCACGUCUGCGGCGACUGAUCUUCGAUCUUUAGACAAAACGCACAACUUUAGCUUUAGCUUGUUAGCUUCAAGAUCUCCUGCAGUUUAAAUGAAGGAAAGGUUUUUAGUAAAAAAUGAUGUUUAAUUAAUGGAGUCAAGUCAAGAUCAGAUUAAAGUAAAUGAAAAACCAGAUUGUGCAUUUAAAAAAAAAAAAGUGGAACUUUUUUUUGGAAAGAAGCAAAAAUUUUAA